UAUAGGUGAACUCAAAUUUACCCCCUUCCUCACAUCACCUUUCUCAGAGGCCAGUUCUCAUUAUUCAUUCAUCAUUAAAAGUAAUUACUGCAAGGGAGGUACUUUGCUGGGUGCUGUGGUAUAGCUGUGAACUAAGCAGGCAGGAAUUCCCAACCCUCAAGCCAACUGACAUUCCAGUGGGAGGCUCAUUCUCAGUUCCCAUCUUGGUGACCAUGUAAAUCAUAUUUCUCCCCUGCCCUCAAGGCUCUAUGCUCUCCUGGUUCUCCUCCCUCACUUGUUGCUCCUUCCGUUUUACUGGCUGUUUCCUCCUCUUCACCCAUUCUUGGUGUUGGAAGGAGGUGGUGUUGCUCCUCUGUCUGUACUCACUUCCUUGAUGAUCUCAUCCAGUCUCAUGGCUUUAAAUACCAUCCAUAAGCCAGCAAUCCCCAAAUUUACAUCUCCAGACCAGACUUACCGCCUGAACUCAAAGAGGCAGCUGUGGUCAUUCAGCUUCUCCACAGGGUGAUCUAUCAGGCAUUUCCAACCCAGUUUGCCCAAACCUUGGCACUCUCCCCCCUAAGCCUGCUUCCCCUCUUUCUCCAUCCUGUCAAAGGAUGCUCUGUCUUCUCAGUUGCUUAGGCCAGAAGCUUUGGUCAUCCUGGACCCCUCUCUCUCAUGCACACUCAUAUCCACUCCAUCAGCAAGUUUUGUUGGCUCUAUCUUCAAAAUCUUUCCAGGAUCUCCCCAGUGCCCACACCCUGGUCCACCUGUCAUGUCCCACCUGGACGAUCACAGCAGCCUCCCUGAUCUCUCUGACCCUCCCCCUAGUUUGUCCCUAAAGGCUGUCAGAGAGAUCCAUCACCUCUCCCCCUCCCACACACACACAGGAAGCAGGUGGCCUUGCCACCAGCAGAGUGACAUCCGCUAUUGCUGCCUCUCUACUCCCCAUUGUUCCUCAGGACUUCUCUGGACCAAAGCCCUUUGACAGACCUCUUCCAGCCCCCAGCCCACCAUGGUUCCUGCAGGCAACAUCCCGUUCCUGCUUUUGCUCCCAGUGGCUGCAGCUCAGACGACCCCAGGUUCCUGUUCUGGAUGUGGGCCCCUCUCCCUGCCACUCCUGGCGGGCCUCGUGGCUGCAGAUGCGGUCGUGUCACUGCUAAUCGUGGUGGUGUUGUUUGUGUGUGUGCGCCCACGCAGCAGGCCCACCCAAGAAGAUGGCAAAAUCUGCAUCAACAUGCCUGGCAGGGGCUGACUCCCCAGUAACUGCGACAUAGGACUUCUGACCCUGUCAUCCUGGAUUGUGUGUGGUGGCACAGGAAAUCCAGCCCUCUUCUGGGCUGGAAUAAAGCAAUUGAAAU